ACAUCCUGUCCCGUUAGUAGGCUACUCUUCGCUACACAAAUACUGAACUUUGUCAUUCGGUAAACACGAAUUGAACAGCCGGUGGGAAGGUCGAUAAUCCAUCCACUCCUGUAAAAGCUGGAGCAAAUCUGUAUUAGUGAGCGUUAAUCGAAACGAGUGAGGUUCUAUUCAUCAUCAUCAUCAUGAACUUUCUCUUGGAGACUCUUCAUGUGCUUUUGAUGUCACUGGUCUACAGCUUAGAAGCAUUCGUUAGGUUAUUUAUACCGCCUCGAAAAAAGAAUGUGUCCGGAGAGAUUGUGUUGCUGACCGGGGCGGGCAGUGGCAUAGGUCGCCUCAUGGCCCUGGAGUUCGCGCGCCUAGGCGCGCAACCUGUGCUGUGGGAUAUUAAUGAGGACGGUAAUAAAGAGACUGCUCGUAUGAUUAAAGAAACGCAUGGAGCGCGAGCGUACACAUAUACCUGCGACUGCAGCGACCGGGAGGAAGUGUACAGAAUCGCAAACCAGGUAAAGCGUGAGGUUGGUGAUAUCACAAUUUUGAUAAAUAAUGCAGGAAUUGUUACUGGGAAGAAGUUCAUGGAAUCUCCUGAUUCACUCAUAGAGAAGUCUAUGGAGGUCAAUAGUCUGGCACAUUUCUGGAUGUACAAGGCAUUUCUGCCAGCAAUGAUUGCUGCUAAUCAUGGCCAUUUGGUCAGUAUUGCAAGCUCCGCUGGACUUAUUGGAGUAAAUGGACUGGCAGAUUAUUGUGCAAGUAAAUUUGCUGCAGUUGGCUUUGCUGAGUCUAUGGCACUAGAGCUGCUGGCCAUGGGCUGUGAUGGAGUGAAGACCACCAUAGUCUGCCCAUUUUUCAUUAACACUGGCAUGUUUGAUGGUGCCAACACAAAAUGGCCCAGAAUCAUGCCUAUUCUUGAGCCGGAGUAUGCGUGUAGGAAAAUUGUGGAUGCUGUUAGAAGGGAACAGGUUUAUGUUUAUAUGCCUCGAAGCAUCUACAUGGCCAUCGCUGUGAAGAAUCUUUUACCCACUAAAAUGGGUGUGCUGCUUGGUGAAUAUCUAGGAGCGUUCAACUUUAUGGCUAAGUUCAAAGGCCAUGGAAAAAAGAGCAAAUAAUUUCCAGCACCAGCGGAAUUCAGAACCAACCAGUGGACCAGAUGGACAAAUCACAGAGAGAUAUUUGAGGAAACAAAACAGUGUUCUGCCACAAAGUGCUAAGAGAGUGACAUGAAACAAGCAUAAAAGCACUUAUUACACUCAGCACCGUUUUAGCCAUUACAAUGAGCCAGUUUUUAUUUUGUUAUUAUUAUUAUUAGAAUUUUUUAAUAACAGCGAUUAACUCAUUUUGAGCCAUUUGCACUUAAUUUGCACCCAUGUUUUCAUUUAUAUUUAACCAGAACCAAACUACCUUCUAAUGACUUACUUAAUGACUGACUGAUUGUAUUAUGGAAGCAGUUGACUUGGCUUAUUAUUAUGGCUCAUUAAUAAAUGUAUAAUAAUAUUA